AAUCACAAACCAGUUACCGCUAGAAAUCGAAGCAAGAAGAAAUGGCAGCAACAGCAGAUCAUCAGUUCAGUUCGCGUAACAACUUCUACCUAGUAGCCUAUCAAGCUGCCAUCAACACCAGCGAUCUUCCCAUUCUCUCCCAUGAUGAUCUGGAGCGUGACUGCCUUGUUUAUCGUUCUUACAUUGCCCUUGGCAGCUACCAGCUUGUGAUUCAUGAGAUUGAUGAUCUCGCUGCCACUCCACUUCAAGCUGUCAAAUUGCUCGCUUUGUAUCUCUCUAGCCCUGAAAGCAAGGAAUCCACAAUUUCAAGCUUAAAAGAGUGGUUGGCUGAUUCAGCUAUUGCAAAUAAUUGUAUCUUGAGGUUGAUUGCUGGAAUCAUAUUAAUGCAUGAGGAGGAUUCCAAUGAGGCUCUGAAACACACUAAUGCUGGAGGCACUAUGGAAAUACAAGUAAACUUUCAUGGAAUGUACUUGAGGAGCAUAACAUGAAUUUUAGGGAACUGU